CAUUUCAGAGUUGAAUCACAGUGGACUCUCCUUCCUUCGUCUUCUUGACCUCUUCAUCUCUCUUUCUCUUUCUAUCUAGAAACGGACACUCUGUUUCACCGCGCCUCCAUGGUAAAUACUCAAAACUGACGGAUACAUACAUCACAUAUAUAUGUAUAUGUAGAGAGAGAGAGAGAGAGAGAGAGAGGGGAUAGGAAGAGAAGAGGAGAGAGUACAGAUUAUAUAAAUAUAUAUGUGUGUGUAUGUGUAUAGCUGGGAAUGAGAUAGAGUCGCGAUUACGCAAAAGCUCUCGAAACAAGUACCGAUAAAUUCAUUCCCUGUAAUCUCUAUCUCUCUACUGUGUGUAUAUAUAAAAAUAGAUUCCUGAAUUAGCUAGCUACCCAAGAUUCCCAGUGGCUGUGUAGCAUGGGCUGCGCUGGAUCUUCGCAUUCGAAAGGAGAUGGUGCAGAGACUGUUAAGAAGGUACGGAAGCCAAAACCGUGGAAACAUUCAGAAGCAAUAACAAGGGCUCAACUUGUACAGAUGCGUGAUGAAUUUUGGGACACUGCUCCACACUAUGGUGGUCGGAAAGAGAUCUGGGAUGCACUUAGGGCUGCUGCUGAGGCUGACAUAUCCUUUGCCCAGGCUAUUGUGGACAGUGCUGGUAUUAUUGUUCAAGCCUCUGAUCUGACAAUCUGCUAUGACGAAAGAGGUGCAAAGUAUGAGUUACCAAAGUACGUUUUGAGUGAACCGACAAAUUUGAUCCGCGAGAGCUAAAGAAGAGAAGACUGGAUGGGAACGUCGUAAAUUCUGUAAAGUGAUAUUACGCCAUUCUCUCUGCGAUUUAUUUUGUUUUCUGGGCAGCAAUCCACCAUUUAGUAGUUGACAUGAAGAACCCACAGUUGGAAUAUAGCAAUGCCACAGUUUUAUGCAAAUGCAUGCACCCAAAAGCUGUAUAAUAUGUUGUAGACUUUAAGCUGGCUAUCUUGUGGCCACUCAUAUCAUGCUCAAACAUAGAACAUGGUCAGUUGGAGCUUUGAGACUACUGAUAUAUAAUGGAAAUUCAAUCAUUGUGCAAA